AUGGCGGCCGCGCGGCUUCAGCGCGGGGCGCGGGGAGCGCGGCGCCGGGAGGCGGGUCACGGGCUCCGGAACCACGGCAACACGUGCUUCAUGAACGCCACGCUGCAGUGUCUCAGCAACACCGAGCUCUUCGCCGAAUACCUGGCGUUGGGCCAGUACCGGGCCGGCCGCCCCGAGCCCUCGCCGGACCCGGAGCAGCCCGCCGGCCGCGGCGCGCAGGGCCAGGGCGAGGUCACCGAGCAGCUGGCGCACCUGGUGCGGGCGCUCUGGACCCUCGAGUACACCCCGCAGCACAGCCGCGACUUUAAGAGUAUCGUGUCUAAGAAUGCACUGCAGUAUCGGGGCAAUUCCCAGCAUGAUGCCCAGGAGUUUCUGCUGUGGCUGUUGGAUCGAGUUCACGAAGACCUCAAUCACUCUGUGAAGCAGAGCGGCCAGCCUCCUCUGAAGCCACCAUCAGAGACUGAUAUAAUGCCCGAGGGACCAUCCUUUCCUGUCUGCAGCACUUUUGUACAAGAACUUUUUCAAGCCCAGUACAGAUCCUCUUUGACAUGUCCUCAUUGUCAGAAACAGAGCAACACUUUUGACCCUUUUCUCUGCAUUUCUUUGCCAAUUCCUCUACCCCACACAAGGCCUCUGUAUGUCACUGUAGUCUAUCAAGGGAAAUGCUCUCACUGCAUGAGGAUUGGUGUGGCUGUGCCUCUCUCUGGGACUGUUGCCAGACUUCGAGAAGCAGUAUCUAUGGAAACAAAGAUCCCCACUGAUCAGAUUGUGUUAACAGAAAUGUACUAUGAUGGAUUCCAUCGUUCCUUUUGUGACACAGACGACCUGGAAACGGUCCAUGAAAGUGACUGCAUUUUUGCCUUUGAGACUCCAGAAAUAUUUAGGCCUGAAGGAAUUCUCAGUCAAAGAGGAAUCCAUCUGAACAACAAUCUGAACCACUUGAAAUUUGGCUUGGAUCACCAUAGACUGACUUCCCCUACACAAACGGCUGCAAAGCUGGGAAAAGUGGAUCUGCCAUCCACGAGGGCAGCAAGUGACAAGAUUGUGCUCUUGGUGUGUAACAGGGCCUGCACCGGGCAACAGGGGAAAAGGUUUGGUCUGCCUUUUGUGCUGCACCUGGAGAAGACAAUAGCAUGGGACCUUCUGCAGAAAGAAAUCUUAGAGAAGAUGAAGUAUUUCUUGAGGCCUACAGUUUGCAUUCAGGUGUGUCCAUUCAGUUUGCGUGUGGUCAGCGUUGUGGGAAUAACAUACUUGUUGCCCCAGGAGGAGCAGCCCUUGUGCCAUCCAACAGUAGAGAGGGCAUUGAAAUCUUGUGGACCUGGGGGUACUGCUCAUGUGAAAUUAGUAGUAGAAUGGGACAAGGAGACAAAAGAUUUCUUGUUUGUAAACACUGAAGAUGAGUACAUCCCUGAUGCAGAAAGUGUCCGUCUGCAGAGGGAGCGUCACCAUCAGCCUCAGAUGUGCACUUUAUCCCAGUGUUUCCAGCUCUAUACCAAAGAGGAACGGCUGGCCCCCGAUGAUGCCUGGCGUUGCCCGCACUGUAAGCAGCUGCAGCAGGGAAGCAUUACUCUCAGCCUGUGGACUCUGCCCGACGUGCUCAUCAUUCACCUCAAGAGAUUUCGGCAGGAAGGAGACCGGCGUAUGAAACUCCAAAACAUGGUCAAGUUCCCUUUGACUGGCCUGGACAUGACUCCUCACGUGGUCAAGAGAAGCCAGAGCAGCUGGAGCUUGCCAUCUCACUGGUCCCCAUGGAGACGACCCUAUGGACUUGGGCGGGACCCUGAGGACUACGUCUAUGACCUGUAUGCUGUGUGCAAUCACCAUGGCACCAUGCAAGGGGGGCACUACACAGCGUACUGUAAGAACUCGGUGGACGGCCUGUGGUACUGCUUCGAUGACAGUGACGUGCAGCAGCUGUCUGAAGAUGAGGUCUGCACGCAGACAGCGUACAUCCUGUUCUACCAGCGGCGGACAGCUAUCCCCUCAUGGUCUGCCAAUAGCUCAGUGGCAGGAUCUACGAGUUCCUCCCUGUGUGAGCACUGGGUGAGCCGUCUCCCGGGGAGCAAGCAAGCCAGUGUCACCUCUGCGGCUUCUUCCAGGCGCACCUCCUUGGCUUCGCUCUCUGAGUCCGUGGAGAUGACGGGGGAGAGGAGUGAAGACGACGGAGGAUUCUCAACACGACCGUUUGUGAGGAGUGUCCAGCGUCAGAGCUUGUCCUCUCGGUCCUCUGUCACCAGCCCCUUGGCCGUCAAUGAGAACUGCAUGCGACCAUCUUGGUCCCUGUCUGCUAAGCUGCAGAUGCGCUCCAACUCUCCUUCCCGGUUCUCAGGGGACUCGCCGAUCCACACCUCUGCCUCCACCCUGGAGAAGAUCGGGGAGGCCGUGGACGACAAGGUGUCCAUAUCUUGCUUUGGGAGCUUGAGAAACCUUUCCAGCAGCUACCAGGAAGCAAGUGACAGUCACAAUCGACGUGAGCACAAGGCUGCUGGCCGGGCCCCACUGGCUGUCAUGGAAAGCGUGUUCAAGGAAGUGUCCGAUGCCUGCAAACUGAACGCGAGCGUUGCCGAGGCACAGAGCAAAAACCCAGCACAAGGGGAUAGCCUGCCCCCAGUCUCUGAUCCAUUUGAUAACAAUAACCAGAUUGCGUAUGUGGAUCAGAGUGAUUCUGUUGAUAGCUCUCCAGUGAAAGAAGUGAAGCCCCCGAGUCAUCCCAGCUCAGUCGCCAAGAAAGCAGACAGCACAGCCAAGCGGUCCCCCAGCUCCAGAGGCACCUCUGAGCCAGACAGGAGCUUGCGGAAGGGGCGGCCAGUCCUGGCAAGCCAGGAAUCCUCUCUUUCAAGUACAUCGCCUUCUUCUCCCGUUCCUGUGAAGGUUUCCACGAAACCCUCCCGCUCCCGGAGCAAAGCUGACUCUUCUUCCAGGGCCAGUGGGCGUCACGCCUCCCCUCUCCCAGCACAGGCCAAAAAGGAGUCAUCCCCGAAGUCCCAGGACGCUGGGUCAUCUCCUUCGCCACAGAAGCAGAAGUCACCAUCUUCCGUUGCUUCGUCGUCUGCCAAAAAGACCCCGGGCCCUGCUGCCCGAGGGCCCUUCCCCGCAGGGCGGAGCAGGACUUCAGACAGGAGCUUAAGCAGGGAGGGCUCCCGACAAAGCCUGGGUUCUGACCGGGCCAGCGUCACCUCCAGCUCCAAACCCAACUCCCCAUGGGUGAGCCAGACCCGAAUAGGGGACAGCAAGCAUGUCAGAAGCUCCUCCAUGGCCAGUCUGCGGUCCCCCAAUAUGAGCGUGAAGUCUGGUCUAAAGAGGGACAGCAAAUCUGAGGACAAGGGGCUGUCCUUCUUCAAAUCAGCCUUGAGACAGAAGGAGACCCGGAGGUCAACUGAUCUGGGCAAGACCACCUUGCUCUCCAAAAAGGCAGGUGGGACCUCCAGCAAGUUGGCUGGCAAGGGUGCCCCGGAGGAGAAGGGGGAGAAGGGAGAGAAGGGCUGCCCACCGCCCGGGACCCAGCGGCCUUCUGCAAAUGCGACCGGGAAGGAGCAGCUCAACUCCAAAGACCCCGCUCCUGCGAAGCAUUCCCUGCUGUCCGCUCGCAAAGCCAAGGCUUCCCAGCUGGACUCUGGAGUCCUCGCGUCUCCCGGGGGCAGGCAGACAGCUGAAAGGUCCUCGAAGAAGUUACCUUCUAGCAUGCAAACCUCUGCACGGCCUUCUCAGAAACCUCAGUGA